AUGCUCAAAGCGCUGUGGCCGGCUGGCCUGGCCACCGCCUCAAUCACCAUUCAAGUCCACCGCGUCGACCCAUUGCCCUUCAGCGCGUCAGGUAUCGCUACUUCAGCUGCUGAUCUCUUCUCGCGGAGUUGUCCAGAAGAAGCCGAGAACACAGCCUCACUACUGGCAUCGUCGUUUCAUGACCUCUCGGGAAGAAAUGUAUUCCCCUCGUCGGAUGGGUUUGUGAGGGGUGCUGUUGAGGCGUGGGCUAAGCAUGAGCAUCUCAUCCUACGCCCUGAUGAAAUCUGGUUUGAAGUUCUGGCGCAGAUGAAUGUCUACAUGAGUAUCCACUCUGAAGCUCUCCGGCAUUUAUUCGUUGAUCACUCUGGGCGCGAAAAGAUUACAGUGGAGGGCUUUUCAUGGGACGGCAUCAUCGGUGCGUUUAGAGGGGAGAUUCAGAGCAGGGUUAAGACGGGGUGGUUGUUGGAUUGGAUAACGCCCGGGUUUAGCACUUCGACUGCGCAAGAUGACGUUACGGCUACGGUGUUGAUGAUGGGGCUGAUGCAGCAUUUCUUUGAGUAUGAGGGUAUGAUGGUAUGUGGAAUACCGAGUGUGACGCUACUGGGGGAGAGGGAGGACUGGGUUAAGCUGGGGGAGAAGGUUGAGAAGUUGAAGGAGUUUGGGGAUGAGGCGGCUGGGUUUGCGGAGAGGUUGAGGCCGAUUAUGAAGCGUUUUGUUAGUAGUUGGGGUGUUGAUGGUGAGGGAGAUGGUGAGACGAGGUUGUUCUGGGAGCAGAUUGUUAGGGCGAAGAAGAAGUGGUCUUGUGGGGAGGGGGCGAGUGAGUGGGAUGUUUCAGGGUGGAUCACAGGAUUUAUGCACUGGGAUCGAGAUGGAAAGGUCAGAGGAGUCUAUGAGGAUUGGUUUGAUAACUGGGACGAUGAGAAUGAAGAAGAAGAAGCUGGGGUGAAAGUCGAAGAGGUCAAGAAAGACGAUACCAAGGCUGAGGAAAAGAAAGAGGAGAAAGCUGAAGAGGUUCAGAUGGGCAUCUUCCCCAACGACUGGUCCAUCACAAUCGACGGCCAGAGCUACAUCCCCUGCACCCUUUCCGACAUCAGCAUCGGCUACGCCAAAGCGCCCCUACUCAUGAAGAACUAUCCCUCACCAGGCGUCGACACACAAGCCUAUCUCGUAGCCGGCAACGUCGGCGUCGAGAAGAAGAACACGCCCGGGGGAGUCAUGGCGCAGCCUGUGAGCGGGUGGUUCGUGUAUGCGGGUGUUGAUGCGAGUUAUAGCGCUGGGCCAUGGAUUGGCAGUGGUGAGGAGUUGGGAGGGAUCGCGGGAGGGAUUGUGAGCUGUAAGGCUGCUCUGGAGAAUGAGAAGGACGGGGAGGUUAAGGAGGGAGUAGUUGGGGGGGAGAAGGAGGAGGAAGUAAAGGAUUUGUAA